AGAAAAGAGGGGAGUGCGAGUUAAAUAAAACUAAAAAUCAAAAGUUGUUCUGCUCUGCUCAGGCCGCCUCUACUCUGCCUCAUCCUUGCCCCAAGCCCUUUCACAGCCUGCCUUCCUCAAACGGCCCGACGAGCCCCCGUUCCCAUCGGAGUAAGAGGACCCCGGGCAGCCGGCCCACAGAUCCCUCGACCCUCUCCGGAUCGAGGUCGCCGGGAAAACCCGGAGAGGAGCAUCCCUCGGGCCGGGAAACACCCUCGGCGCGCACCCACUGGCGCGCAUGCUCAGUUUGCGCGGCGGCUAGGAGUAGGAAGCUCCCCGCGGCGGCGGCGGCGGCGGCGGCGGCGGUGGCGGUGGCUGAGACUGGAGGGUGGGAGGGGACGCACCGGCUGGCGGGCGGGAGUGCUGGGACGGGGUAGGGGCUCCCGCCCGAGGUUCCUUGGAGCGCUUCCGACCGCGAAGCCCGGCGCGAGGAGCGAGCGAGCCAGGGAACCAACAACGAGCGCGGAGAGGGCAGCGGGCUGAGCCGAGCCGCAGGGCAGAGCGGGCUUGGAGCCCGAGUCGCCGCCGCUCGGGACCCGGCUCGGCGGCGGCGGGGGCGGCGAUGUUCCACUGCAUCCCCCUGUGGCGGUGCAACCGUCAUGUGGAGACCAUCGACAAGCGCCACUGCUCGUUGGUCUACGUCCCGGAGGAGAUCUAUCGCUAUGCCCGGAGCCUGGAGGAGCUGCUGCUGGACGCCAACCAGCUCCGAGAGCUGCCCGAGCAAUUUUUCCAGCUAGUCAAAUUACGAAAGCUUGGACUUAGUGAUAAUGAGAUUCAGCGGCUCCCUCCAGAAAUAGCAAACUUCAUGCAGCUGGUGGAACUAGACGUGUCUCGAAAUGAUAUUCCUGAAAUUCCAGAAAGCAUUUCAUUCUGUAAAGCACUACAGAUCGCUGACUUCAGUGGAAACCCACUGAUGAGGUUGCCAAAAAGCUUUCCUGAAUUAGAGAAUUUAACAUGUCUUUCUGUAAAUGACGUCUCCCUGCAGUCUCUACCUGAAAAUAUUGGCAAUCUUUAUAACCUGACUUCACUGGAACUAAGAGAGAAUCUUCUUACAUAUCUUCCUGAUAGCUCUCUUACCCAGCUGCGGAGACUAGAAGAACUUGAUUUAGGAAACAAUGAAAUACAUAGUUUGCCAGAAUCAGUCGGAGCCCUCUUAUGUCUAAAAGAUCUCUGGUUGGAUGGAAAUCAACUAUCAGAAUUACCUCAGGAAAUAGGAAAUCUGAAGAACCUGCUGUGCUUAGAUGUCUCUGAAAACAGGUUGGAAAGACUUCCUGAAGAAAUCAGUGGCCUGACUUCAUUAACGGAUUUAGUCAUUUCCCAGAACUUAUUAGAAACUAUUCCGGAUGGCAUUGGAAAACUAAAGAAACUGUCAAUCUUGAAGGUGGAUCAGAAUAGACUCACACAGUUGCCUGAAGCAGUUGGGGAUUGUGAAAGUCUCACUGAGUUAGUUCUUACAGAAAAUCAGCUCCUGACCCUACCUAAAAGCAUUGGAAAACUAAAGAAGUUGAGCAACUUGAAUGCAGACAGAAAUAAAUUAGUGUCCUUACCAAAAGAGAUCGGAGGGUGCUGCAGCCUCACCGUGUUCUGUUUGCGUGACAAUAGACUAACUCGGAUACCUGCAGAGGUGUCGCAGGCGACAGAACUUCAUGUCCUGGAUCUGGCAGGGAACAGGUUGUUGCAUCUGCCUUUAUCCCUGACUGCCUUGAAGUUGAAGGCUCUGUGGCUGUCUGACAACCAGUCCCAGCCUCUGCUUACAUUCCAGACAGACACAGACUACACCACAGGAGAGAAGGUUUUAACCUGUGUCUUACUUCCUCAGCUGCCUUCUGAACCUACUUGUCAAGAGAAUCUGCCUCGCUGUGGUGCGCUGGAGAGCUUGGUAAAUGAUGUCUCUGAUGAAGCCUGGAAUGAGCGUGCUGUCAACAGAGUCAGUGCAAUCCGAUUUUUAGAGGAUGAGAAAGAUGAAGAAGACAACGAGACGAGAACCCUUUUAAGGCGAGCCACCCCACACCCAGGGGAGUUAAAGAACAUGAAAAAGACGGUGGAGAAUUUACGGAAUGACAUGAAUGCUGCUAAAGGACUGGACUCAAACAAAAACGAGGUCAAUCAUGCCACUGACCGAGUGACCACUUCUGUGUAGAGUUUCACCUCCAAGUCUUACCUCCUGUGUCUUCCUCUGCUGUCGAGACGUUCCUGUCUUCUUCUGAGGAGCCUCAAGUGCUCCUUGUCCUAACCAGCCCCAGCGCGCCAUCUUCCCGUGGAGUGUGGGGAAGCUGCUGUCUCCCAGGAAGUGCCUUACUCCACCUGCAACCAGUCAGCGCAUCAGUGGUCUCCCGGCGUGAUUUUUUCUUUUUAAUUUCAGUUGUUUGUAAUAAGUAGAAUACACUACUGUAAACAUCCGACCUUUGUUUUUGUCUUAUGUUGGGGUAAGGGAGAGCAGGAAGGGGAGUUUUUAUCCUCCUCCCUUCCAUAAAGUGCUGGGACAUUUUGAGCCCAAGUUCCCUUGGACCUACUGAUGAGAGAUAGUUUUAUGUAUGGGGAAAAAAUGGAUACUUUUUAAACCUUUUUUGGCAGCUCAGAUGGUGUAAAUUUUAAAAUUUUGUAUAGGUAUUUCAUAACAAAAAUAUGUAUUUCCUUUUUGUUAUUUUAUCUUAAAAACGGUACGUAUUUUAGUAUUUGUGCAGAAAAACAAGUCCUAAAGUAUUCGUUUUUAUUGUACCAUCCACUUGUGCCUUACUGUAUCCCGUGUCCUGUCCAAUCGGUUGUAGACAAUGGCAUCUUUCAGCAGUGCGAUGAGAAUAGGAAUGUGGUAUUUUAAAGCAGUGUUGCAUUUUCAUCAGUAAUCCACCUGGUGGAUUUGUUUUUAACCAAAAAGAUGAAUUAUCCAUGAUUUGUAAUUAUAUUGGUUGAUUUUUUUUAAAGAUGAACCAAAGGAUUUGACUGCUAAUAUUUUACUCCUUACACUUUAACUUUUUCUGAAUAAGUCUCUCAUCAUGAGCUCAGUGUCAGACUCCGCCUACUUUGAUGGUAUGUGCCAUUUGUAAAAUAAAAUAGAGCAGAAAACUACAAAAAGAGAAAACUGGUUCAGACAUUCAGUGGGCAUAUAAAUUAUGUACUGCAAAAUAAUGAUUUUUAUUCGAGAAAGCUUUAAAAGUUUUAUAUCCAGAUAUACAGCCACAAUAAAACAAAAUAACCUACUAUCAAAAUAGAAAUGUUGCUACCUUUAUAAGUGCAAUUUAAUUUGUAAAUAGAGUUCGAAUCAAUGUAUCACAAAAUACUGCUUCAAUAUUUAAUUUUAAAUCUGCUAAUUUAAGGGAUAUUGGGAUAAGUUUUGGGUUUCUGUUGGUUUCUUUUUUGUAUGCUGUGAUAAAAGAGAAAUGAAAAGUGCCAGCCACUGUGUGCUGUCUAGGAAAAUCAUGUUUCUUGUUUUCUGUUUUUUUUUCUCCAUGAAAUAAAUUCAUCCUGGACAUUGGCCAUACA